AUGCCUCCACGAAAGCGAAAAGCCGAAGCCCCCGAGACCCCCGUCGCAUCCGGCGGCCGCCGCUCAACGCGCAUCAGCUCGUCCGGAAAGAAGAGCCAGUACUUCGAGUCCGACUCCGACGAUGAGCUUGGAGACAAGAGCGAAUAUACCUCAGCAUACGAUGUCAAGGCCAAAAAUGGAAACGGCACUGUCAGGAAGAGAGGGAGGCCACCAAAGAACUCCGCGUCGCGUCAGACCUCCAGCGGCAAGAAGGCCAAGAUCGAGGACGACGACGACGCAGACGAGUUCCAAGAGGAAGUCGAGGAUGAGGAAGAUGACGAUGAUGAGCUGGACGAAGAUGAAGAGCCGCGGGUUACCAUCACACCACUGAACAAGAUGCGCGGUAUUGGAGGCGUCGAUUACGACGAUGAGAUGCUGCACCCGAAUACUCUGCUUUUCCUAAAGGACCUCAAGGCGAACAAUAAGAGGUCGUGGCUCAAGUCCAACGACCCCGAAUAUCGCCGCUCACUCAAAGACUGGAACAGCUACGUCGAAACCUUAAUGCAGAAACUCAUUGCCCUGGACCCCACCAUUCCGGAACUCCCUCUCAAGGACGUCGUCUUCCGGAUCUACAGAGACAUCCGCUUCAGCAACGACCCAACCCCCUACAAGCCGCACUACAGCGUCGCCUUCUCGCGCACGGGGCGGAAAGGUCCUUACGCCUGCUACUACGUGCAUUGCGAACCCGGCUCGUGCUUCAUCGGCGGCGGGCUGUGGCACCCGGACGCGUCCCACCUGGCGAAGCUGCGCGCGUCCAUCGACGAGCGGCCGCGCCGGUGGAGAAGGGUUCUGCUGGAGGAUUCGUUUCGGGCGACAUUCCUGCCUGGGGCAAAGAGGGGCGAUGAGAAGAGCUGCCUGAAAGCUUUCUGUAAGGCAAAUACAGAGAACGCCCUGAAGACGAAGCCAAAGGGCUUCGACGCCGAUCACCGAGACAUCGAGUUGCUCAAGCUGCGCAACUUCACGGUGGGCAAGAAGAUCCCUGACAGUGUUUUCACGGCGGACAACGGCCAGGACCAGGUCGCGGAUAUUAUCAGGCCCAUGGUUGGAUAUGUCAGUUUCUUGAACGAUGUGGUCAUGCCGGACCCGAACCUGGACAGUGACUCGAGUUCCGAGGAAGAAGACCAAGAUCAGGCUGAAGAUGAGGGGGAAGAGUGA